AUGGCUUCCACAAGAGCGCCAUUCCGUGUCCUUCCAAGGGCCAGCCUUCUUUGGAAUUCUCGAAGGUCAUGGACUUGCACCGCUUGCAAAUAUGGUAGUCCUAGGAUGCUCCGUGGAGUUGCGACAACUCCGAUUCAGACUCCGGAGGAAUUCAAAAAGCCGUACUAUGUGACUACGCCGAUUUUCUAUGUCAAUGCUGCACCCCACGUUGGCCACUUCUACACCAUGGUCAUCGCCGAUAUCUUGAAACGAUGGCAAGUCCUAUUAGGAAACACCGACGCUCAAUUAUUGACCGGAACCGAUGAGCAUGGAAUGAAGAUCCAGCAAGCAGCCCUCGCAGCGGGCAUGGAUACUCAGGCUUUUUGCGACAUGAACUGCCGAACCUUUGAGGCCCUUGCCAAGGUUGCGAAUCUCGAUAACGACCACUUUAUUCGAACGACUGAUCCGGCGCAUCGGGAAGCUGUACAAUAUUUCUGGGAAAUGCUUCAACACCGAGGUUAUAUCUACACCUCCAAGCACGAGGGAUGGUACUCCGUCAGCGAUGAGACUUUUUACCCGCAAACACAGGUACAGAAUUCCUUGGAUCCAGCAACGGGACGAAAGAGGAUGGUUUCAAUUGAGACUGGCAAGGAAGUAGAGUGGUCCUCGGAGACAAACUAUCACUUCCGCCUUUCUGCAUUCAAGGACCGCCUGCUUGAGCUAUACAAGAGGGAAGACUCUUUCAUCACGCCUUCGAAGUAUUCUACUUCCAUUAUUCAGUCUGUCGAAUCUGGACUGCAGGACCUGUCAAUUUCACGGCCGGCAGAGCGGCUUACCUGGGGCAUUCCGGUCCCCGGUGACAGCACACAAACAAUCUAUGUUUGGUUGGAUGCGCUCGUGAACUAUCUCACCAGAGCAGGAUAUCCAUUCCCUCCCGGGCAAGAAAAUCAGUCCAUGUGGCCCGCCAAUGUCCAUGUGGUCGGGAAGGAUAUCGUUCGUUUCCAUUGUGUCUACUGGCCGGCAUUCCUCAUGGCUUUGGAUCUUCCCUUGCCGCGUAAUGUUCUCGUCCAUGGGCAUUGGACCAUGAAUCGUGAAAAGAUGUCGAAAUCUACAGGCAAUGUGGUGAAUCCAUUCUUUGCCAUCGACAGAUUCGGCGUGGAUAGCAUGCGGUUCUUCCUAGCCUAUCAAGGAGGUCUCGCUGACGAUGCCGAUUAUGAUAAUGCCUUCAUCAUUCGUGAUUAUAAGAAGUUGCUCCAAGGAGGAAUUGGCAACCUGGCAGCGCGCACAAUUGGGCUUGCCAAAGGAAAAUUGAGCUCAUGUAUCCAGGACGCCACCUCUAACAGCCUCCCUGGCCCAACCCUGGCGGAUGUGGAACACCAGACCAUGUUGGUCUCGACACCACUAAAGGUUGCAGAGCAUAUGAAGGGACUGAACCCGCGGGCUGCGCUGCAGGAAAUUAUGGGCAUCAUCGAAAAGGCCAACAAAUACUUCCAUGCGACCGAGCCAUGGAACAACCCCGACAACCAAUGGGUUCUUUUCAACGUGGCAGAGUCGCUCCGUAUCUCUGGUAUCUUGCUACAGCCGUUCAUGCCCGCCAAGUCACUGGAACUUCUGGAGAUGCUCCGCGUAGAUACAACUAACCCUGCCAAACUAAGAUUCUCAGCCUCGGUCUAUGGAUCGGAUUCAGAGUACGGUGAAGGCGCCAAGAAGGGUCACCUUUUCCCUCCUCUCCUCGCUGAGAACUAG